GCGGAGGGGCUUACGGGGCAGAUGUUUAUUCCCUCCCAGGCCCGGAGGCUGGAAGCCCCAAAUCCGAAUGCCAGCAGGGCCACACUCCCUCCAGAGGAGGCUCCGGGGAGGGCCCUUCCUGCCUCUCCCAUCUUGUGCAGCUUCUGGGGGCCCAGGCGUCCCUUGGCUUCUGGCAGCAUCACCCCCGUCUCCACCUCCGUCUCCACCUCCGUCUUCCCUCCACGCGUGUCCUAAUUCCCCUCUUCUCAUGAGGACACCUGUCCUGCUGGGUUUAGGGCCCGUCCUAGGGACCUCAGCUUAACUUGUUUACAUCUGCAAAUAUUCAGCAUCCAAAUAAGGUCACACUCACAGGCAUGGGGUUAGGGCUUCAACAUGUCAUUCUGGGGGACAGAGUGCAACCCACAACACCCGCCUUCCUCCAAAGAAAGGAUCAGUGGAAACCCCCUCAGGAACCGGGGCUCACCUCCUCCCUGGGGGCCUGUGCUGACUCCACACCUGCUCUUGGCUGGUCUCCUGGAGCUCCACGGGGACAAGGCCUGUUUGCUCCUAGCCUUCCCGAUGGACGAGGCUCCAGGCUUUCUGAGCACAGACGAGGAGCCCAGGAACGAAGGGGGAGAAGGCGCGGCUUCCCCGGCCCUGCCUGUGGAGGGCGCUGCCCGCAGAAGGGGCCCGCAGCCCACACCUCCUACAGCCGGAAACGCUGCGUCCACCCUCCACGCCAGCACCGGCUUCCCGGUGCCAGGACGGCCACUCCCUCCUCUGCAGGUGCUGUUCCCCACCAGCUGCCACCAAGAGGCCCAGGAAAGGGCAGGGGUGACCCCACAACACCUCGGCACAGGGGCCUCGGAUGUCAGCUCCGCCUGCAUCCUCACUACCGGCCGUGCCCAGCGUAAGGCUGUGACCAGCCCCAACCUCGCUGGGUCCUGGGGGCCUUUCUCCUGCCACCACUGCCGGAAUGCCACAGCACAGGCUGCCUGCCACGCAGAGCACAGGAGGGAGUGCGCAGAGCCGCCAGGAGGGCCACGUGUCUGGAGGGCUCCCAGGGGUGGCCUCCAGGCCCCGCCUACUGGGCCCCUGUUGCCACCAUCCGUCUAUCACCUCCACCCGAGGAUCCCCGCUCGGUAGCAGAGCCUGUCAGCCAGCUCCCGCCAGGAGGGGCCUGGCUGGAGCUGACGUGAGAGCUUGGCUGGCCCUGGCAGGCCUUAGGAGGCUCUGUACCUGGGAGACCCAGGUGACCCAACGUGGGGAAGGCUGUCCCUGUGCCCGUUUGAAUGGUGGGCCCCACCCCAGGGCCCCCUUCUCUCCCUCAUUUGCUCUUUGGGGGCUUGUGGUUGCCCAGCAAGAGAUGGACAGGCGCGUCCAGGGACCAGAGCGGGAGCCAGGCUCAGCUGACCCGGGCUGAAACACCAGCCCCAAGCCUCUGGGCACCGCCGUCCCCACCAGGCAGGAGUAGAAACACACAUUGGCAUCCAGGUGGCCAACGACAGGGACAGGCUUCUUAAUGACAAACAACAGCAGCUCGUGUUGCUGGCAUCCCCUGCUCCACAUUCCACCUGUGCCUGUCUUCGCUGGUCCUCAGACAGCCUGGGGCGCGUGCUGCUGUCACCUGGGUGGCAGGGCGGAAGAGAGGGGCCGGAGGGGCCACAGCCGGGCCAGGCGCGGGAACCAGCCUCACUGCCCUCCGCGGAGAAGCGAAGUCGUACAGAGAGGCCUGGUGGCCUUUGUGCCAGGCUCGGAGCUCAUGGAAAAGUGAGCUUACUGGUCCUCACUAAGUCUCUAUCUCCACAUCUGUCAAUCAAGGCUGUGUGUUAGUUUGUGGUUCUCAAACUUUGUCAUUCUUGUUGUUAUCAUAAAAAUAAAUCUUAUAUGAUCACUGCUCUAGAAAACACAAUAAAAGCCGGCAGCUUCGAGGAAGUCCACAGCCCCCCUGAUGCCAGGUGUGGCCAUGUGUCCACAGUCUGGCCAAUGGGCAGCGGGCAGCGGGAGGUGUGCCACAACCCCUCUCCACAUGGAGACAAAUGGAGUCAUAAAGACACAGUCCCUGCUAUCCUGAACCGUAGGCAAAAGUAAUCUCGGAUAUAAAAGCUAAAAGCAUAGAUCCUCUAGCAGGG